AACGUUACCAUGACGAUACUUUGUUGUCGUUCGAGCUAUCGCAGAUGGACUUGUUUAGCUAGGCAGCGUGCUAGCUGUUUACUUUUUCAAAGAUAGUCCCUUUUCAGCUAUAUCUGUGCGUGGUAGCAGUAUUUCAGAAUACCAACCAAAAAGAAGGUCGCCGCCAAGUCUGCCAAAGGGAAGACGCCCACAGUAGUAGAUGGCCUUUCCACGGAGAUGUCGAAGGAGCAGCUGGAGGAGCACAUUGUGCGGCUGCGGGAGGAGCUGGACAGGGAGAGGGAGGAGAGGAACUACUUUCAGCUGGAGAGGGACAAGAUCCACACCUUCUGGGAGAUCACCAAGAGACACCUGGACGAAAGGAAGGCAGACCUGAGGAACAGAGACCGGGAGAUGGAAGAGGCUGAGGAGCGCCACCAAGUUGAGAUCAAGGUGUACAAGCAGAAAGUGAAGCAUCUCCUGUAUGAGCACCAGAACAGCAUCUCAGAGCUGAAGGGAGAGGGCGUGGUCUCUAACAAGCUGAUGCAGAAAGAGCACGCCGAGCUGGAGAACGAGCUCUGCAAGGGCAUGUGCACCCUCAAAGUGGACAUUAAGGAGCAGGAGCUCUCCAACGAGAACCUCAUCAAGGGCCUCAAACUGAACAACGACCAGGAAAUUACCAAAAUGAGAAAUGACUUUGAGGGACAAGUGCAAGAAAUUGAGGCCAAGUAUGAGAAGAAGAUGCAGAUGCUGCGUCAGGAGCAGGACCUGAGGAGGAAGACAGAGAUCCACGAGAUCGAGGAGAGGAAGAACAGCCAGAUCAACACGCUGAUGAAGAACCACGAGAAGGCUUUCAGCGACAUCAAGAACAACUACAACGACAUCACCCUCAACAACCUGGCCCUCAUCAACUCACUUAAGGAACAAAUGGAGGAGAUGAAGAGGAAGGAGGAGCGUCUGGAGAAGGACUUGGCAGAGGUGCUGCUGCAGAACAGGCACCUGACGGAGCCCCUGCAGAGGGCCAAGGAGGAGGUGGCCGAGCUGCAGAAACAACUGGCCAACUACGAGAAGGACAAGACCUCACUGGCGGGGGCCAAGGCACAUCUGAAGGAAAUGAAAGACCUGAAGUGGGAACACGAAGUGCUGGAACAAAGGUUUAGUAAGGUCCAGGUGGAGCGUGAUGACCUGUAUAAGAAGUUCACCCAGGCCAUCCAGGAGGUGCAGCAGAAGAGUGGUUUUAAGAACCUCCUGUUGGAGAGGAAACUGGGGGCUCUGACCAACACCCCAGCUCAACAAGGAAGUUUUGGACUCCAAGAACAUUGCGAUCAAAGACUUGCAGUAUGAGUUGGCGCGGGUUUGUAAGGAGUUGAGAUGUAGCAGGGUGUUCCUCCAGGAGGGGUACGUAACACAUGUAAGUGAGAAAGCUAAAUCAAGCUACUUUUUAAGCUCCGACUCCUGUGAUCUUUCUACAUUUUUGGAAAACAGUAAAUGGACUAAAGCGUACAAAUUCCUUUUCUUCCUUGCCUAAGCAAGUUCUGUCUGUCUGGCAUCAUAACCGAGAAGAAUAGGAUAAGUGACGCUUUUAAUAAUUUUAUCUCAGUAGGCUUUUUAUUUGAGAAACAGUGCUUUAAAUUAUUUAGGUAAAGCUCCGCCUUAUCUCAGCUCACUGGGCACCAUAACAUCCACCCGUAGCACGCGCUCCAGCAGGUAUAUCUCACUGGUCACCCCCAAAGCCAACACCUCCUUUGGCCGCCUUUCCU